AUGUACAUGCACACUUCAGUUCCCUCGUUUGUGUUUGCUGUACAGCCGACGAGUGACCGUCUUAGAUCCCUCAAUGCAAAUCAGCUUCUUCUCAGCCUCAGCCCUCGCCAUAAUACAGCAACUUCGAUGGCACCUCGUCUAAUCUCGCCCUCGGUCAACGUAUCCGACUGCCAGAUUCAGCCCCGCGGAUCGGGUUCUCUCAUCCCUCGUUCCUUAAACAGUGAAGCUACAACUGGGCCAACUACUUGCCCAAAGACUUUAACCACCCCCAUUUCCAUUGUCCAAGCACCUCCAGUAAGUAGCUCGAUCUCUUCCGCUAGCCAUGGUUUGUUAGUUCAUUGGAAAAAAGAAAAGAUGCGCGAAUCCGUGGGCGAAGCCGAUGAUGGGCCAGAUGGAGCCGAAGAUAUGAUAUCCAGAACGUCCUUUGAAGUACAUGCCCGCAAGGAGACAGAAUCACGGGUCCCUGCUCUUGCCCCACCUAUUUUUGAUCAGCAUGAUUCUUCCAAUUGCCACAAAUACGACCAAUUAAACAAGGAUUGCGAUUCCAAUCAAGAACACCGGCUACAACACUAUCAAUGCCAACAACAGCAAAACCGGCAGCACAGACCCACACAGCAGUCGUCGAGUGUCGCUAAUUCAGAAGUCCUUGAGCCUGCCCACUUAAGCCAGGCCCUAGCUUUUGCCACUGGUGAUGACAUUGAAGUUCAGCAAAAGCUGCGCAAGCGGAAAGCAAUUUCUGAAGCAGAAGGUGAGCCAAUGCACACAGCUUUCUUUAGACAUUCAGCUAUAACAUCCCUCCUGAAAAUAUAUGCCUUUUCAUUGAAAUUUAUCUUCAAUGCCCUCCUCAUCAUAAAUAGCGCGGUUUGUUUGUAA